GUCACAACAAGAGGAGGAAGAGGAAAAACGACAACUCUGGAUCUGGAUCGUCGUCGACUGCCUUGCGUGACAACACAGGGAUCGUCCAGACUUCGGGUUGCUCCAGUUUGACCUGCGCCAUGUCUGAUUUGCUGAGAUACAUCGACUACGACCACAAAGCCACCUUCCUGAAGAUGCUGAACCAGCAGCGCAUGGAGGGCGAGCACUGCGACGUGGUGGUGGUGGUGGAGAACAUCGAGUUCCGGGCGCACCGCUGCGUCCUGGCCGCCUGCAGCAACUACUUCAAGAAGCUCUUCAAGAAGCAGAACGACGAGGACAACUCCAUCGUUGAGCUCGACUUCAUCCGCUCCGACAUCUUCGAGGAAGUGCUCAACUACAUGUACACGGCGCGGCUGGCGGUCCGGAAGAAGGACAUCAACAUGAUGAUGUCGUCCGGACAGAUCCUCGGCAUCAACUUCCUGGACAACCUUUGCACCCAGAAGCGGGAGCUGACCAACAUGAAGACCCGCGAGAACCAGGCGCCGGACGACCACGGCAUGCGGGCGCAGGACGCCAUCUUGAAAGAGCUCGCCAUGGAGGAGGUGAGGAAGAACAGCUUCUACGACCAGGGGAUGGACGCCAUCGGCCCCGGCGGCUCCCACGUCUCACAGCCGCACAGCUACAACACGGGGCUGGGGAAGGACCCGCACGCCCACGGCUGGGGGUCGUCGACCUCCGCCGCCGACAUGAAGCUGGAGUACCUCCUCUACGGCCACCGCGACCACAACUCCUGCCAGAGCGCCGGCGCCAAGCCGCUCGACCACAACGCCAAGAAGGAGCGACUGCUGACAGCCAACCGCCCGUACGGCUGCGAGCACUGCCCCAAAGCCUUCACCACCGCCGCACACCUCAAGGAGCACCUGAAGAUCCACUCGGGCUUCAAGCCGCACCGCUGCGUCGUCUGCGGCAAGGCCUUCAUCCGAGGGCCAGACCUGAAGCGGCAUGAGCGCGUGCACAGCAACGAGCGGCCCUUCGCCUGCCAGAUGUGCGAAAAGGCCUUCAAGCACAAGUCCCACCUGAAGGACCACGAGCGGCAGCACCGGGGCGAGCGGCCCUUCAACUGCGGCUCGUGCGACAAGGCGUUCAUCAAGGCGUCGGACCUGAAGCGCCACUGGAACACGAUGCACAGCGCCAACCCACGCAGACAGAUGUCGCUGUCGCCCGCCGCCUCCCAGCACGGCCAGGCGGAGGCCGCCGACCAGAGAGACUGGAAACUGGAGACCGGGUCACACUCGCACAACUCUGGGGACUGCUGAGCGAUCCGAACACACACACACACACACACACACACACACACACACACACUGACAUACAGGGGCGUCUCAGUCAAUAGGAAUAUAAUCAAUAAGGUAAUUUUAUUUCAGUCAUUUAGUCCAAAACGGAGGACGAGGGCCAUGCAAAGAAAAUUACGAAAAUAAAGUCAAUAAUAUUAUGAAUUUAUUCUCAAAAUAUAAUUCCUUUAUUCUUUUAUUAUUUCAACUUUAUUCUCGUAAUUUUAUUUUUCAGUCUUUUUCUCAAUAUGGCCUUUAAACUCCAUGUUUGGAAAAAAACAAUUAAUUACACACAGAACAUUUUAAAAUGUUAAUUUCUGUUAUUUUAGAGCAAGGGUGCCAAACUCGAGGCCUGUGGGCCAAAUCCGGCCCACCACAGCUAUUUUUGUGGCUCUAGGCUCGUGAGUUUAGAGGGCCACAUAAUUAGCAUUUUGAGAUAAAUAUUGUUAAUAUUUUUUAUCUUAAAAAGCACAAAUCAAAAGGAGAGAAAUAUAUAAUAGUUUAAGUUUGUCAGUAUGUAGUUUUAUUAAUACUAUCAUAAUCAGCAUUCAUGAUUUCAGUCUGACCCAAAAUUAUUUUAUAUAAUUGAUUUAGAGGAUUGUAGUCAAAACAUGUUUUAAUUACACAAACAACUGUAGUAAAAAAAUGUAUUCCACUAGUCGUAAUGUUUAUUUUAGUUAUUGUUUUUCUUCUGACCAUUGAUAAUUAAAAAUUCUUAUGAUUGGGGAAAAAAAACUAUUUUUUUUAUGCAGUAUUAAAAAUGCUAAUUAAAUUUUUAAAUGAGUUAAAUUUGCUUAAAAUGCAAUCAAGAGUUUGUAUUUUUCUACAGUUUAGCUUAAUUAAUCCUGUGACUGUCAGCAAAUGACAUUUUUUCUUAGUCAUUAUAUUCCAGUUGAUGAUUAAUUGAUUACUAAUUUAGUUGAGGAUUAUUUGAUGAAUCAAUUAAUCACGAUUAACCCGAUUAAUCAUUUCAGCCCUACAGUUCACACAAAGUAACAUAAUUUUAAGGAUUAAAAUGAACACAAAACUAUUUUUAUAAGAUUUUUAACAGAUGGUUAUUUUAUGUAGCUGCUAACUUUAGAGUUAUCUCUCAGUCAGUCACGUUUGAUGAAAGACAGAGGACCAGAGUAGAUAAGUAGAUGCACAUUGCACGUCAAAUCAUCAUCACUGACUGUGAAAACUUUACACUGGACCUCAUUUAACCUUGAAGACGCAAAUUUUACUUUCCUUUAAAGAAGAAUUUUGGGCCUGAUUCAGAAAUAGCCAAAUGUGUAACAUUCAUCAGGUGUUUCCUGUGUUUUUACAUCGCCUACUAUCACACUUUUUCCUUCCACUAAACGUUCAUAACAUUUCUGUAUUAAAAAUCUUAAGUGAUUUUAUGAGAAUUUCAGGUUGUAGCCAGUGUCAAAUUGUUAGAAAAAUGCUUUUUUAACUUUAUUUUUUUUAAUUGAAUUGUUGACAUAAAUUACCUUUUUGAUGAUAUUGUAAUUGAUUGAGAUGCCAGUGGACUGACCUGCUAACAUGCACACUUUAAUCCCACUUACACACACUGACACAAGCACGAGGACAGUGAUGGGAGUGCAGAACAGGAGAGCAGAGCAUGUUCAUAAAGACUGUGAGGCUGUAUUAUUAUUAUUAUCAUUAUGAUUAUUAUUAUAAUUCUAAAGAGUUAUGUCCUUCCACCUGUAAAGUCAUGUAAAUGUUUAGUUCACUAUACUAUACAUAUAUUUUUCACAAAGCAUCGUCGCUAUCUAGACCGGAGGGGUUCUCAUAACGUUAUUUUUUUUUCUUUUCUUUUUAAUAAAAUAAACAUUUAAAUGUUCUUUUAACCUUUUAUGGAUUUUAUGGAGAUAAAAACAGAGUCCAAGAAGGAAAGAGGGAAUAGGGGAGAAAAUAAUUUUCUGCAUAACAUUUGUUGCAUUGAGUAUAUUCAUGUGGAUGUUUUUAAAUGGAUGUGUUUAGUUGUAUUGAUUGAUAUUACACUGUAAAAGUAAGACGCAGACGAAACCAAAGUCUUGGACUCCUGACGGAUCGUCCUCAGAGACUGUCCUGUCCGAGCAGAACCGGCCAACUAGAUUUACUGUUAUACAGUACGACUGUCAUCCGGGGCUUUCCACAGAUAAUGAUCGGUGUCUGUAUAUACUGUAGCUUAGUUUGUUGCACAACUAGAGUUCACAAUAUUGAAAUCAUGCACAUAUAACAUUGUCCUACUCCUACACUUUGACAAUAAACACCAUUUGCUGUGUUUUAA